GAAAGCUGAAUUCUUGGGUGAGACCUGCCCCCUGCUGAGGCCCACCAUUUGUUUGACCUGACAAACGGAGAUCAGACUGAAGAGAGAUGAGUGGGAACCCACCAAGCACGCUCAGGUUUCUUGGUGCCGUGAAAAGAUUUGUCCCGUCCAUUCAGAUCUGAUGGAGUUUCCCAUGUUCUGCACUGCAGCAGCUUUUUGUUGGACUAUCUUUCUCAUCUGUGUGCACACAAGCGAUGCACGCAUCUCUCUCAUAAGGCUGACGUUGCGUUUAGUUUGGUUUCCUUGAUGCCACCACAAACUGUGUGCCACAGUUAGGAAGUUUUCUCUCGUCACAAAUCACAGGAAGAGGGGUUCCGGCCAAUUACCUUGGAAAAGACUGGAGACAGGUAAACAGGUGCUGUUUUUUGACAUGUAACUGAGGAAUGUGGUUGAUCCAGUGUUGACCCCCCUGAAGAUGACCCUGGGCAAACCUCUCUCAGGCACUGAAAUGGCACAAAUAUGCUUCAUCUUCCUGCUGAUUGGGAACACCAUCUCGGUUUCCACACAGUUUAAUGGAUACAACUGUGAUGCCAACUUCCACAGCAGGUUUCCUGCGGAGCGAGACAUUAGCAUUUACUGCGGGGUGCAAACCAUCACCCUGAAGAUCAAUUUCUGUCCUGUGCUCUACUCGGGCUACACAGCUGCAGACCUGGCCCUAAACGGCCAGCACAGCGAUGCUCAGUGUCGUGGCUUCAUCAACAACAACACGUUCCCCACCGCCGUCCUCUUUAGCAUCAGUCUCAGCGCUCUGGAGGCCUGUGGCAACAGCCUAGUUGUCAGCACAGCUUAUGGGGUCAACGCCUAUGGGAACAUGUCUCUGGUACAAAUUGGGAAUAUCUCAGGAUACAUCGACACUCCUGACCCUCCGACAAUAAUCAGCUACCUGCCUGGGUUGCUGUAUAAAUUCAGCUGCAGCUACCCGCUAGAAUACCUGGUCAAUAACUCGCAGCUGGCAUCCUCCUCUGCUGCUAUAUCAGUCAAGGACAGCAACGGCACAUUUGUUAGCACACUGAGUAUGAUCCUCUACAAUGACUCUACAUACAGCCAGCCUCUGUCAAUCCCAAUGACUGGUCUUGCUCUGAAAACCAGGGUAUUUGCUGCUGUAAAGGCCACAAACUUAGACAAACGAUGGAAUAUCUUGAUGGACUACUGUUACACCACCCCCUCAGGGAAUCCUAAUGAUGAACUCCGCUAUGACCUUUUCUUUGGAUGCUAUAAAGAUCCUCAGACGACCGUUUUUGAGAACGGGAAGAGUCAGAUGGGGCGUUUCUCCUUCGAGGUCUUCCGAUUUGUAAAACACAGACACCAGAAGAUGUCCACCGUGUUCUUGCACUGUGUCACCAAGCUUUGCAGGGCAGACGACUGCAUCAUGCUCAUUCCGAUUUGUGGGCGAAGGCGCAGGAGGGAUGGAGAGCAGAGCCUUGAUUCCCAGCCAGGGGUGUCUGGGAACGCCGUUAUCACUGCUGGUCCAAUCAUCACAAGGAGUGAUGAAACACCUGUCAACAAUUUUCAGCUAGCACCUGGUAAUUCUUCCCAGCCUUUAAAUGCUUUGAACAUUGCUCUGAUCUCGGGUGUGGCCAUACUGGGUGGGGUCAGUGUUGGCUUCUUUGUGCUGUCGCUCCGCCUCCUGCAAAAGUCCCGCCUCCCGACAGCUGGAACCUCAGGUGUUUGGAAUCCCAGCUUUAAUUGAUUUUGUUUGCUUUUCCUAGUUUUUCUAGCCUCUUCAGAACAUCUGAUUGCUCAUUUUGAUACACUCAUAACUAUGUUUUAUAUACACAUAACAUGUUUUAGGUAUUUAUUGACUUCAAUACCUCAUUUUGUGGAUUGGCGGUAGUUGACAACAACAGUUAGGAAAGUAGAAAGGCAUAAUUGAACCAACUUAGAUAUUUCUCACAACCAUAUUUUAUUAAUAUUUUAACCUUUUGGUCAUUCAGUGGACAAGUUGUUGCAAUUUAAAGAUAGUAAUUGCUGAAAGUUUCAAUAAAUAUGAUGCAUUAUAUUGUUUAAGCCAACAAGUGACUAUGAAAAGGAUUCAUACUUGAUCCUUUUCACAUUUUAUCAUGUAACGACAGACAUCUAUGUAUUUUGUGGGGAUUUAAUAUGAAAGACCAGCAAAAUGUUGCACACCAUUACUGAUGGAAAAUUCUACAUAAAAAAAAAAAAAAAAGAAAUAUCUGAGAAGUGUACAGUGCAUUUGUACUCAGCACCCCUGAGUCCAUAUUUUGUAGAACCAUCUUUUGCUGCAAUCACAGCUCCAAGUCUGUAGGGGAGUGCCUUUUGAAUAUUUUAUUUUACAUUAUUCUUUGCAAAAUAGCCAAAGCUUAAUCAGAUUGGAUGGAGAGAGUUUGUCAACAAAGAUUUUUUUGGCCACAAAUGCUAUAUUUAAUUUAGGUCUAGACUAAACCAUUCCAUUGCAGUUCUGACUGCAUGUUUACAGUCAAUGUCCUGCUAAAAGCAAAAUUUCCUCCUCUUAGAGUUUUGGAUGCUAGCCAAAUUGUUCAAUUUUGGUCUGCAGUUACACAAUACUGUUUUGUGCAUUAUCAGAUGAUGAUAUGAUCACUGCUUGGUGAGAUGUCUGGUAUGGUCCUUCGUCUUCAUGAUGUUGUUUCUUCUUUAAUGUUCUCUACCAAACCUAUGAGGGCUUCAGAGGACAGCUGUUAGUACAUUGAGAUUGAAUUACACACUGAUUAACUGUAUUUACUAAAUGGGAGACUGGCACUGGAUAUUAUGUAGGGGUUUUAGAGUAAAGGUGACUAGUUAUAUACACAUUCAGAGAUGUAUUUGUAAAAUAAAUAUGUAAAAACACCAUGUAUUAUUUUCCUUCAGUUUGACAAGUAUACAAUGAAUUUAGUUGGUCUAUCACAUACAAUUUUAUUAAAAUAUGUUCAAGUUUAUGGUUGUGACAUAACAAAAUGUGAAAUGUUUGAGGGGUAUGAACACUUUUGCAAAACACGAUAAUCCAGUCAGUUUAUAGCUUUGUUUUGUUAAUCAAGGUUAAAUGUAUGUGUGUAAGACAAAGAAUAUGUACAUUUAGUUGUCUGGUUUCAAAAAUUAAAGUUUUAUUCAACCUUUUCUA